CCACUAGGUUGACUCCCAAAUUUAUGGGGAGUUUUGGACUAGUUAAAAGAUUUUGUGCUUCCAUAGUAAAGCGUUUAGGUUGUGUGAAAGAACAGGGCAGGAAAUUUGUGGUUGGUUGAGGUAUUUGUCAUGUUCCAGUUAUAGUUACUGAGAGUGUAUAUGCAAAAAUAGCAUAGAGUAAUAGCAAUAGUUUGUCCAGAUCAUUUUUAUAGAUUUGCAGACUUAAAUAUAUUUUCAAGCACGAAAUAGCAGUGUGAAAUGUCAUGCAAACGUGUAAGAGCUGAAAAGAAUUUACUCACGGUAAUUUAUCAAUACUGUGUGCAUCUCGCACACCAAUUUACACAAUCAGCAAUGAAACAAAACUGUUGUUUCAAAUCAUUGCAGUUUACAGCUUCACAGCACAGAUUGAGUAUGGAGAUAGUUUUGUUGUAUAAUUCCAAAAUAAUUUGCUGGAGUUUCAAAAAAAUUAAAUUGAUUCAAAUGAAAUGUGCACGUAAAAAAAAAAUCCACAAAUUUGUUACAUUAAAUGUAGCACUAUAUUUUUAUGCAAUACUUUUUGAACUUACAUAUAUAAAGUAUAUAAAAAAGAGGGUACUUUGCUGUGGUCAGUCUCAGAUGUUAAUAUCCAUUGCUAAUGCUGUAUUAUUAUUGUUGUCUUUCCAUUAAAAAUAAUCACUUCCUGAAGGAUGAUUUCAUUAGGGACUUAUUUUUUGUUCAUUAAAAAUGACAAAACACUAACAAGCAUUAUUGAAAUCGUUCGGUAUUAUCCGCCAGAUGUCACUAAAACCCUAAUGGUUCUCUAACAGACCGAGGCACGUAACGUUAGGCUACCAGUGAUGGGAUGUCCGAGUCAAUUCCGCGAAUCGGUUCUUUCCAACCGUUCGUUCUGACCGGUUAAAAAUUCCAGCGAUUCUUUCACGUCAUAGCGUCGUUCGUGACAUAUACCGGCGAUUCGGCGUGUCAAAGUACAUGCUCAAAAACGUUUCAGUAAAGGCAUAUAUAGGCUUUUAUGUGUAUUUUGUUUUUCAGUCAAAUUUCCCAGUCGGAGCCGCUCUGACCGAUUCAAUCGUGAAUGAGUCGUUCAAACUGUGAACUGGGUGCAGGAUUCGGACAUCGCUAUAGAACAUAGGCACAGUGUGAUUCUUUCAUAUAUCAUUUCGCUAACGGUGCUUUAUUUUGCAUGAGAUGACUGUUGGAGUAGAGUCGAAUUAGCAGUAGAAUUGUGUAGAACGGAAUUGCAUAUCAAACCGGCAGUUUUUGUUGGCACUGUGGUCAACGCAUCAUCAUCGAGUAUAUCUGUACAUGUUCUCGUGGAAAGCUCACAUGAAUGAAUUUGUGGUUGGUUACACAAUACAUUGUUUCACUGUGACCGGCUUUGUGAAAGUGUGAGGACCACCACAGAUUCAGAUGAGCCUCAUUUGAGAGGGAGAACGCAUACAGACUGAAGGGACGUUUCUCAUCAUGGCUGAGCAUUUAUCCCAGAGUGAACUGGACUAUCCUUUUAAGCUUUUGGAAUAUUUCAAUGGAUUCAGGAUCUCCAAGGCAAUAUUUUCAGCUUGUGAGUUAGGGGUGUUUGACCUCCUCCUCCAAUCCCAAAAGCCCAUGAGCGCAGUUGAAGUGGCACAGAAGCUUGGCACCAGUGAAGAUGGUGUAGAGCGUUUACUGGAUGUUUUGGUUGCCAUUGAGAUUGUGGAUGUGGAAGUGGUACAGGGAACAGCUUUUUACAGCAGUACAGAUGUUGCUAAUCAAUACCUGGCCAAGACCAGCCCCAAAUCUCUACAUGAUUUGAUCAUUUAUAACUCUCAGACCAUCUACCCACUCUGGAACAAUCUGGUAGAUGCUGUUAGGGAAGGAAAGAACCAGAAUGAGAAAACCUUUGGCCUCCCAUCUGAAGAGAUCUUCUCUGCCAUAUACAGGUCAGAAGAGGAGAUGCUGAAGUUCAUGGGUCUGAUGAACUCUACAUGGGUCAUUGACGGUCAUGACAUAGUGACAGCAUUUGAUCUUUCUAACUUCAAGACCGUCAUAGAUCUGGGAGGCUGCUCUGGUGCAUUAGCGCGAGAGCUGGCUAAAGAGUAUCCUUCCUCCACUGUCACGGUUCUGGAUCUCCCGGCUGUGGUCCAGACUGCUCAGCGGCAUUUCGCCCAGCAAGAUGACACCAUCUGUUUUCAAGAGGGGGACUUUUUUGAGGGAGAAAUCCCUCCUGCAGAUUUAUACAUUCUGGCCCGGAUCAUUCAUGACUGGAAGGAGGACAAAAAUCUCAAACUGCUGAAGAAGAUUCAUGCAGCAUGUCCUCCAGGUGGAGGCGUUCUGAUCGCAGAGGCCCUGUUAUUUGAGAACCGCCGGGGUCCAACUAUGGUUCAGAUGUUUUCUCUGAACAUGCUGGUCCAGACAGAAGGGAAGGAGCAUCCACCCUCUCAUUACACACAUCUGCUCACCGACGCAGGAUUCAGAGACGUGCAAGUCUGUCGGACCGGAAAAUCAUACGAUGCUAUUUUGGCUCUCAAAUGAAUAUGCACAAGUGUAUUGUAAGCGUUCUCAUUAAUCAGACCCCUUCUGCCUUAUCUGCAGACACAUCAGUGAUCCUGUUCAUGCACAUGUCAGGCAUCUGUUGUUCCACCUUGGCUUGUUUUGUGAAGUUUUUUUCCAACACAGAGUGAGCACAGAGUGAUCCUUAAGAUUCCUUCAAAAGACAGUUUUAGUACCAAUUAGCUUUAGUUAUUUGUGAACUUGACUCCUGAGGCCUACCAGAUGUAGUCUGAGAAGGGGUGGGAUGAGGAGCGGUUGUGGAUUGGCCAGUGAUGUGUCAAAAUAAGCUCCUCCCUCUAUCUCGUCUUGUGUAUCUAUGCACGUUGGUGUUGACACGUGGUUAAGUGUGACCCCUAGUGGUUAUUAUAACUAACACAGUCAAAAAAAUAAAUAAAACUGAAGUCUAAAUAUCAAUUCCUGGCCUCAAUUUUAAUUUACUUACUUUUACUUAAUUUUUACAACAUGAUUUUUUGUGUCAUAUAGGCUAGUCCUAAUACAAUUAAUUUACAAUCCUUCUACUGAACAAAAAAGAAUGCAUUCUGAUUUUUUUUUUUUAUGUAUUGUUUGUGUAUUUUUUUCUAGUAAAAACCUUGCACCGCCUUUGACCUUGUGCCUCACAUUUAUACUUGUCCACCGAGAAAAAAUAAAUAAAAGGAAACAAUGAUCCAAGUA